GACCCAGGAGUCUAAACAAUUCUUCAUCUCUUCUCUGAGGACAAACAACAAAAUGGAUCCCUGUAAGCCUUUCCCCGUCUCCUUGUUUCAAACCCAGAUUGCUCUCGGCCUCUGCACACACCUCUGGUUUCUAGGAGGAGUUUGUGAGCACCUGCUUCCAACAGGCGGUCCACGUGGGGAAGGAUGGUCUUCGCCCCUGAGCUGCCUGCGACUCAGACCUGCGUUCCGCGCGCAGGCCCUCCACCCCGCGCUGCUCCGGUGGCCCAUGAGCCGCGUCCUCUGCCCCCGGUGCGCGACGGGCCCCCAACGCGAUGUGUGUUUGUCAAACCAUGGAAGUGGGGCAGUGCGGCAAGAGCGCGAGUCUGGCCGGAGACCGCGGGGUCCUCCUGGAGCCCUUCAUCCACCAGGUGGGCGGCCACAGCAGCAUGAUGCGCUACGACGACCACACGGUGUGCAAGCCCCUCAUCUCCCGGGAGCAGCGCUUCUACGAGUCCCUCCCGCCCGAAAUGAAGGAGUUCACCCCCGAGUACAAAGCUCUCAGGAGGCCAAGAGCCCGAAGGCGGAGCUGCACAGCCACUCGGACGUCCCUUUCCAAAUGCUGGAUGGCAACAGCGGCCUGAGCUCCGAAAAGAUCAGCCACAACCCCUGGAGCCUGCGCUGCCACAAGCAGCAGCUGAGCCGCAUGCGCUCCGAGUCCAAGGACCGGAAGCUCUACAAGUUCCUCCUGCUGGAGAACGUGGUGCACCACUUCAAGUGCCCGUGCGUGCUGGACCUGAAGAUGGGCACCCGGCAGCACGGCGACGACGCGUCCGCCGAGAAGGCUGCCCGGCAGAUGCGCAAGUGCGAGCAGAGCACGUCGGCCACGCUGGGCGUCAGGGUCUGUGGCAUGCAGGUGUACCAGAUGGACACGGGGCAUUACCUCUGCAGGAACAAGUACUAUGGCCGGGGGCUCUCCAUCGAAGGCUUCCGCAAUGCCCUCUACCAGUACCUGCACAACGGCUUGGACCUGCGGCGUGACCUUUUUGAGCCCAUCCUGAGCAAACUGCGGGGCCUGAAAGCGGUGCUGGAGCGGCAGGCCUCCUACCGCUUCUACUCCAGCUCCCUGCUCGUCAUCUACGACGGCAAGGAGUGCUGGCCCGAGUCCUGCCUGGACCGCCGCUCCGAGAUGCGUCUCAAGCACCUGGACACGGGGCUGCCCGAGGUGGCACCACCCUGCGGCCCUAGCACCAGCCCGGGCAGCUCCAGCAACACCAGCCUCGAGAGCGUGUCCUCCCCCAAGGUGGACGUCCGCAUGAUCGACUUUGCACACAGCACGUUCAAGGGCUUCCGGGAUGACCCCACCGUGCAUGACGGGCCGGACCGAGGUUAUGUGUUCGGCCUGGAGAACCUCAUCAGCAUCAUGGAGCAGAUGCGGGACGAGAACCAGUAGGCCCAGGUCGGGGCCCAGAACCCCUCCCUCUCCACCCGCAGGCAGGGACCACUGAUCUGAACUCGCCGUGAGGACACACAGACUUGCUUUUAAAGGGUUAUAUUUCUCUUGGGUAUAAACUAAAAGAAAUGUUUUAGCUGUAGCCUGGCAUCCAUAUAUAUAAAGAGGAGAGCAGAACACACACCCUCAGCCAGGCUCCUCAGCUCUGCAGCUCCGACUGCUGUGUCCAGGCUGACUUAGUGGAGGUGCCCCUGGGGGGCUUGCACCAGGGACAGGGUGCCCUUGGACAUCGGUUUCUCUUGCCUAGGUUUUUAGGGCCUGUGGCUGCAGGGCCCUGCAAUUGUGGGGUGAAGCCCUGGGCUUAUGCCGGGCCCCUCCAUGCCCAUUCACCCCUUGUUCCUCGGAAGGAGAGGGAUUGGGUGCCCAUUUCUAGGGGCAUGUAUCCUAGUGGUGUGGGUGUCGGCCACUCUGACGCUCCCAGGGCACUACAAGGCCAGCUGUGCACAGCUGGCCCCAUCCUUCUCAUCUGUUCUUGGCAGGAAGCUAGAUUCAGAACCUGGGCUGAAGCCAGCUUAGGGCAGAGGGCAGGCCCUGGAUCCCCAGGCACUCCGUCACUUGCACCUGCUCCUCUUCCUGUCUGCACACCCCAGCCAGCCUUUCCCACCAAGAUCCCUGCCUAAGGAGUCCCCCGCCCCUUGUCCCACUGAAGGGGGGCCCUGCUCCGCUUGCCGAAGAGUCUGUCCUACCAGGCCUCGGGGCUUCUAGCGAGACAGCGUCCACGGCCUCGUGCUGUGGGCGAGCGUCCUCUUCCUGCCCCGCGGGCAGCUCUGCUACUCUGGGUGGGCUGCUCCCCGCAGGCUCAGGCUGUGGUCCGCUCAGGGCUCACUUCCCCAGCCAAGCUCAAGGCCGCAGCCCAGGUGAGGAGGGAGAGCUGCAAGCUGGCCUGCACAGGGACACGGUCUGCACCCGAUGCGGGGCUCAGACUCUGCUGGGAGAGUUUUGUCUUCUCAGUCCUGGAGCCUGUCCGUCUGUCCAUUUGUCCAUCUGCCAGCUCCAGUCUCUCGGGGUCCUUCCCUGGGUGUCCCCUUGUUCAUUAGUGAAGACUGAUCCCUGCCCUGCUUUCCUCAGCAAAGGGUCUCGCUCCCGUUUCCGAGGUGAGCUUUGCCCCUGCGCCCUUCAGCGGGUGCGGCCUCUUUACGAAGAAUGAGCAGAAUGCAUUGUGGGAGGCGUGUCCCUGCUGGCCCAGCACCCUCUCUGUGGCCUGGAGUGUGGUCCCUUCAACACUCAGUACUGACAGUGGUGCGGGGCAGGCCCGGGAGGGAUCCCUUCCUCCCCGCGGUGGUAGUUCUUUCUUGCUGCCAGCCCUUCAUGGCAGAGGCCUGCCACGUCUAACACUGGCCAGAGGCUAUGCUGCUGUCACCUAACCAUUGCCAGGGUCAGUGCCCUCACCGCAGAGCUUGGGACCACGGCCAUUGUCACCUUGGGCACGUCCUGUUUGGGCAUUACAGGUAAGCUCGCUAGCCCGUGUCUGUGAGGCCCUGGUCACUCAUGGUUUCCUGGCCCUCAGAUGCAGCCUCACGCAUCUUCAGUGGGCUCCUUGAUGGGUACCGUCUCUCUCAGCCUCUGAUCCUGGUGCCAGUGGUGGGCACGUUCCCAUUCCUUGGGCCUGGGAGGGACAGCUUGCUCGUUUCUGGUCAGUAACCGCCGUCUUUGCUCCUGUACCUUCUGUAGCUUCAGCCAUAGGGCAGUAGCUCUUCAUAGUGUAGCCCGCCCUCUCCUGGCAAGGCAGAGGCUGAGACGGGGCCCCUGGAGUGUGCUGUGCCUCCCGAGUUCUAUAUUUGGGGAGCAGAUGUACCCUCUUAUAGUGUCUUCCUGGCACUAAAAAAAGCAGGGGCCUGGAAUUGGCUGCUUCUCCCCCAGCGGGGUCCUCUCUUUUCAGCACUUUUUGACACUUGGAGACCCAGCCUUGUUAGCGGGCAGGUGGUGGGCAUGUGUGUGCGCUCACCCCUUUCCCCUCUCUGCCAGCGCCCUGUGCCCGCCGGGCCCUGCCUUCCCAGCCCCAACUUGGGACCAAAGUGCAACACGGGAUGGCAGUUGGAGCACUCGAGUGACCCUUGUCCAUAGCGCUUCCUUAGGCCAAGUGACACUAGCCUCUGGGGGGUGGGAUCGGGUGGUGCUUAAGGAGGAAGGGGACCAAUAUAGCAAUUAGCCAGGAACCCCCACCCUCCCUCACACUGGGGCCUGUGCAGGGGGCGUGGGGACUCCUAAGGGGCCAAAGGCCUAGGCUAGUUCAAUAGCCGCUGCUCACUCGCUCACACCUGGCCACUUGCACGCCCUCUAGAUGCAGAUUGCUUUGCUCUUCAAUGCUCUUCAAUUUGGUUUUCUUCGUGCCCAUUUACAAAAUGGUUCAGGAGGAGGAGAUGUGGAGAACCCCGGGAGGACCCUUGGCUUCUCCCGGACUGGAAGGCUUUGCCUCUGGGACCCGCUUCCUGCUCCACUUUCCUGUCCACGCCGCCCGAAGCCUGCGCCGCGAUCCUCGUGGCUGGGGCCGCGUCGAGGCGCAGUGCGUGUUUUCGGACGAUGUGCGGGGGAGGGGUGCUUAGACCUCGGGCCGAACUGCUCCCGUCUGUCCACCCCGCGCUGCCCCCCGCUUGUGUCUGAGGUUGUGUCCGUCAAAAUAAAGCCGCUGAAACUCUGG